ACUGUAUUCCACCAACGUUGCUGACCAACCAACAUGUGUACGAUAAAGAUCCUGAUUUUUUUUCUUGUCCUGGCUCAGACUCGAUCCCUGAACCCCGGCGUUAAAACGAGACUAACAGAAAAGGGACUUAACGCAGUGAACCAAGUCGCCCAAAGUCUGGUCGCCAGAGAACUGGACAAGUUGCAGCUGCCAGACCAAGGGGAUGACCAGGUCUCACUCAGGAACAUCAGGAAAGAGAGCCUGACACCCCCACAAAGCCAAAUGAGUCUGUCCACCAACGGUCUGACCUGGGUCCUGAGAGACUUCAGCACCAGUAUCCACUUCGACUGGUCCUACAGGAAGAAGGUUUUGUUUUUCACUAUACGUGACAGUGGUAGCGCCACCGCUAGUUUCUCUGGGGUCAGUCUGACCCUUACUCUAGCUGUAGAUCUAGACGGGAACCAAGAACCACUGUUGAGAUCUCGGGGAUGUAGUGCCAACAUUGGAGACUUUAAUCUCAAAUUCCACGGCGGCAAUGCCUGGCUCUACAAUCUCAUCAAAGGCCUGUUUCAAAACUCUAUCAAAAAUAAAAUCCGCGAUAAAAUCUGUGAACUGGUGGAGAAAUUUGUCAAUGAGAACGGCGCCAGAGAGUUGAGGACAAUGAAAACCAGCGCCAAUGUUGGAGAUCUCUUCGCUCUAGACUUUAAGCUGACCGAGUCUCUGGUGUUUACUCCACAGUUCAUUGAGUCGCGUCACAGUGGUGAGUUCUACUCUAAGACCGGCAGGACGGCCACACCACUGACCCCAGCACCGAUUCCAGACUGGCCCUACACGGACAACAUGCUGUACAUCUGGGUCACUGACUACACGGCCAAGACUGCCGCUUACGUCACGCAGUCCAAAGAUUUCCUCAAGUACACCAUCACCAAGCAAAGUCUUGCAGCCAAAGAUAGAAACAUCAUGGACACAACUUGCUCAUCACGUGACUUUUGUGCUGGCUCCAUCCUGGACUCGCUGAGUGAGAAUUAUCCCAACACAAGUAUAGCCAUAGACAUCAGGUCAGCCAAAACACCGGAAGUUGCGUUUACGACCUCUGGACUUGACCUCAAACUGUACGGGCAGUUGACCUUCACCGCUGGAGGUCAAACUUUUCUCAGCUGUUUGGUUACUCUCUCUUUGUCUGGCACUGCACACAUAGAGAAGGAAAUUUUGGUGGGAAAUAUAGUUGAUUUUAGUCUUUCAGUGAGUGACGUCACGUCAACUUUGGGGGAUGCUCAGAUCGAGAAUCUGAAUAAAGUUCUGAAUGGGGUGGUCAGCACUUUUGUACAGCCAGCUCUAAAUGACUUGGCCAACAAAGGCGUAGACCUACCCAUCGUGAAGGACAUCAGGUUUACCAAUGCCAAGCUCACGUUUUAUAAUGGUUACCUGGUUGUGGCUACUGACGUCACGUACACAGGAAACUAAUGACGUCACUUCCGACGACAUGUCUCACACAUAAACCACUGGAGUAACGCCACUGAUGUAGCCUAGCCUACCCAACAA